AUACUUCUUGUUACUCUUGUGUAUUCAGGUUAUUGCUGAUAAUGUUGGUGAUAAUGUUGGUGAUAUUGCCGGUAUGGGAUCCGAUCUAUUUGGUUCAUAUGCAGAGGCAUCUUGUGCUGCCCUUGUUGUUGCUUCCAUCUCUUCUUUUGGGAUAAAUCAUGAGUUCACUGCCAUGUUGUUCCCUCUCAUCAUCAGUUCUGUGGGCCUCCUUGUUUGUUUGCUCACCACCUUAUUUGCAACCGACUUUUUUGAGAUCAAACUUGUAAAGGAAAUUGAGCCAGCAUUGAAAAAACAGCUUGUUAUUUCAACAGUACUGAUGACUGUUGGAAUUGCAAUUGUUAGUUGGAUAGCACUCCCAUCUACCUUCACCAUCUUCAAUUUUGGAGAGCAGAAAGUUGUCAAGAACUGGCAGCUAUUCUUGUGUGUUUCUGUUGGUCUUUGGGCAGGGCUUAUCAUUGGAUUUGUUACUGAAUACUAUACCAGCAAUGCAUACAGCCCUGUGCAAGAUGUUGCUGAUUCCUGCAGGACUGGUGCUGCUACCAAUGUUAUCUUUGGUCUUGCCUUGGGAUACAAGUCUGUUAUCAUUCCAAUUUUUGCCAUUGCAAUUAGUAUUUUUGUAAGUUUCAGUUUUGCUGCUAUGUAUGGUGUUGCUGUUGCUGCACUUGGAAUGUUGAGUACUAUAGCAACCGGAUUAGCCAUCGAUGCAUAUGGUCCAAUCAGUGACAAUGCCGGAGGUAUUGCUGAGAUGGCUGGAAUGAGUCAUAGAAUUCGUGAGAGAACCGAUGCUCUUGAUGCUGCAGGAAACACAACUGCUGCCAUUGGAAAGGGGUUUGCUAUUGGUUCUGCCGCCCUUGUGUCUUUGGCCCUUUUUGGUGCCUUUGUGAGCCGUGCUGGUGUUACAACCGUCGAUGUCCUGACUCCCAAGGUUUUCAUCGGACUGAUUGUGGGCGCCAUGCUCCCUUACUGGUUUUCUGCCAUGACCAUGAAGAGUGUCGGAAGUGCAGCAUUGAAGAUGGUUGAGGAAGUUCGCAGGCAAUUCAACACGAUUCCUGGAUUGAUGGAGGGAACUGCGAAACCUGACUAUGCCACAUGUGUGACAAUCUCCACCGACGCUUCCAUCAAAGAAAUGAUCCCACCUGGUGCCCUUGUUAUGCUAACACCCCUUAUUGUUGGGAUCUUUUUUGGUGUUGAAACACUUUCUGGUGUCCUUGCCGGAUCAUUGGUUUCUGGUGUACAGAUUGCCAGUUUGAAAAGGAAAGUUCUGUUGAAAAUGAAAUUCCUGCUGUGCUGUUUGAUAUCAGUUUGAAAUUCCUGCUAUCAGUUUGAAAAGGAAAGUUCUGUUGAAAAUGAAAUUCCUGCUGUGCUGAAAGAGCAGCUAGAAUUAGAGCUGAACAAAUUGCCGAGGCUGCAACGACCCAAUUACAAGAGGCUAACGAAGCAAUGCGAGCUGCUACCGAGGCUGCAAAAGCUGCUACCGAGACUGCACAAAGGAUGGAGAGGGAGAUGAAUGCUUGGAAGGAAUUUAUGAUGAAGAAAUUUGACACUUCAACUUUUGUAUCACAUUCUCAUCAUUAUGAUGACGAUUUGGAUGAUCAAUCAUUAGAUGAAGAUUGAUCUUGUACUUUUAGUAGAACGAAUUAAUCUCGGAUGUGAUUACUUUUUGUGUAUGUUUUUUGAAAGUUAAUGUGGGUAGAACUUUUGUAGUUACUUUCACGAAUGUUUAAAAUUGUUUCCAAAUGUUUUACCAUAAAUA